ACAUAUAAAGAAAACUAGGUAUUUUAGAUUUAAUGUCUUUAUUUUUUUUUUUUAAGUUUUCUCAAAUCAAUUUUUAUUUAUGAUAUAUGAAAGAUAUGUAUAUAUUGUUUAGAUUACCAAGAACCUUCAUAAUUGUAUGUACGCAUCUACAGACAAAGACGAUGCACAUGACUCUGCUAUUUACCAUACGAAUUUACAGAAAGAAAUGUUGCAUUGGAGAGCAGAGUUAAGGGACGCGGAGUACCUGCUAACCCCCAAAAGACAAAUUUCUCCAUGUAGCCUGUCUAAUAAAGUGCUAGAUCCAGAUUUCGCACAUUUCUCCCAAAAAUGCAAAGACAAUCUUUUUAUUUCUCAAUGUUCCAAAGUAAAUUCAGUAAACACCUGUAAAUUAGAACCUGUUUUCAUACUUCCCGAUGAUAGAAAAAGUUUUAAUUCCAUAGAGAGGAAGAAUAAACAAGAAAUUACUCAGCUAAUUCUACAAGACUUGGACAGGGUCGAGGAUCAAGACUUUGAAAUGGGUUUGCAACAGAAUCGUCUGUGGAAGGAGGUUAAGAAUGAGAAAAGAGCCAUAUUAAUUAAGUUUUGCAAAGAUUUGCGCAGCAUAAUUGAACACAUGGACAGCAGACAAACUACAGAAGAUGAAAGUGAAGGUGAUAGAUUUUGAAAGUUAUUGAUCGUGAAUCUUUAUAUACAAUUAUAUAUAAAUUAAAUACCAACUUUAUUGAAAAGGGUUUUUUUCCUCUGGUAGAGGGCCUGCUUUCUCUUUUCUCCAUUUUCAAUGAAAUACAUAUCCACAGGGCCGCUUCUGGCUUUCCCCCGUUUUUUCUGACCUUUA